AUGGGCUCGGAGAAGCCAAACUUUCUGUCACAGCCUGUUGUGAAGAACAUUUUCAUGUACCGGAACGGCGAUCCUUACUACGACGCCCGCCGGAUUGUGAUCAACCAAAAGAGGGUGUCCAACUUUGAGACUUUGCUGAGAGAGGUGACCGGCGGGAUACAAGCUCCGUUUGGAGCGGUGAGGAACAUCUACACACCGAGAGGAGGCCACAAGGUGGACUGCUUGGAGAGCCUGCAGAGCGGGGAGCAGUACGUCGCUGCUGGGAGGGAGAGAUUCAGAAGGCUGGAUUACCUACAGAUCGGCUCAAGAAGGAAGAGAAUGAUGCAGACUCUUCCAAUGCAGGCCAAACCACUGCCACCAAAUCGAAUCAUUGUGUCAGCUCGAUUCCUGAAACCUAUCAAGGAGCCGUGUACAAUAUUUAUGGUAGCAAAUGGCGAUGUCUUGAACCCCGUCAUGAGGCUGUUGGUCCACCAGAGGAUGCUAGCACAGUUUGACAGAAUACUUGAGAUGAUCACAGAGAAGAUGGGGAUGAGAGUCUUGGGGGGUGUCCGAAGUCUGUACACCUAUGAAGGCCACCAGGUGACUGAUGGGAAUCAGCUGGAGAGCGGUCAGCUGUAUGUGGCUGUGGGAAGAGAACGGUUUAAGAAGCUGCCCUACAGCGAUCUUCUCUUCACUAAACCCAGAGGGACAAGGAGGGUCAAUGGAAUGAAAGCUUACUCUCUACCGCCUAUAUACAGAUUCUCCAAGCAACAUGGAAAUAGUAAGUCUAUAGUUCGAUGCAGUGAUAGUGGAGGCGGAGACUCCAAGGCUUCUCCUCCCGGCCACAAUGGCAGCAGCAAGGAUCACCUGUCCUCCAUCGUCAGAGAGAUCUCUCAGGCCAGACUCAUGUCCCUCAGGAAGAAGAGGAGUGGACAAAGCAUGACCCUCGGCAUCUCUGACAAUGGUGACCUGGAAUCAAAGGAUGAUGAUGGAAACACUGAGGACAAGAAAACCACCCAAGACCAGCCAGCUGAUGAGAAACUAGCAGAUGAUGAUGCCAAAGCCGCAGAGGACACUGGCGAAAAGGCAGGAGAGAAGGAGGAGGAGGAGGCUGCAAACACCACAGAAGAAGACACUUCAACUAGCAACGAAGAAAUGAAGGAAAACCAGGAGACGAGCGGCGUAAAAGAGGGAGGGCAAGAGGAUGAGGGAAAUGCCGAGCAAAAUGAUGAGAAAGAGGGAGAAGCAACAGCUGACUCUGAGGAGGAGAAGAAGAAGAAGGAGGAGGUAGAAGAAGAAGUGGAGGAGGUCACGGAUGAGAGUAAAGAGGAGGUUGGGGGUGAGGAGCAGGGGUCCAGCAGUAGCAACAGUGAUAAGACCCAGGACAGCAAAGAGAUAGAGGAUGGAAGCCAUACAUCUUCUGAGGGUGAAAGGGAAGAGCCAGACUCAAAUACAGAAGAAGACAAACAGGAUAAAGACAGUGGAAAGGGGGAGAAAAGCAGUGAGGACCGAGUUAACGAUGUAGACACGGGGGAGGAACAGAAAGAGACAGAAAACAGCAGUGACCCGGGCAAUACUCGGUCAGAUAACGAGACAAAAGAGAACGAUAAUGGCAGAGGUAGCAGUAGCAGCGGUAACCAGGAUGAAGAUGUAGGCGAAACAAAAGAGGGAGCUACCAAAGAGUCAGGGGAAGAGGAGAGAGAGGUGAAUGGGGAGGUCAGCCGAGUGGAUGAUGAGGUGGAAAGUGGAGCAGAACCGGACAUGGACGAGAAUUCAGCCAAAGAUGCCGCAGCAAACGGAGAGAAAGGGGUGGGUGACGAUGAAGACAGUCAAGAUGAAAGCAGGAAAGAGAAGGAUUAGAAAAGAAAGUUGUUGGAGGAGCUGUGCUAAUAAUAGUGAGCAAUACUUUACAAUACAAUCUAAUAAUUGUCAAAGUGGCAGAACGUAAAGUGACAGAACGCAAAAGCAAGACAUGUUUUACUCGACGGCCGUGUAGAAUCUGCACUGAAAUGAAAAUAGUAUACUACUAUACUACUACUAUACUACUAUACUACUAUACUACUACUAUACUACUAUACUACUAUACUACUAUACUACUACUAUACUAUACUAUAGUAGUAAAAUAGUGUCCCAAAUGUCGAGCAAGUCCUGACUGCUAAAUAAUGUCAAGUACAAAAACACCAUCUGGAUUUCUAGUAUCUAUUCAAAAACUAUUUAUCAAAACAUUAUUUAUAACUAUCAUAUCUGAAACCGACAUAACUAAUACAAAGUUUAGUAAUACAGUAUAUCUUUGUUUUCAUCAAGACGUAUUGUUCCCUCGGGCUGCGGUUCAGUAUACACUGUCUUUGAGCGCUGUAGUGAGUGAUGCUGGGUUAUCGAACUAUAGUUACACUCAUACAUUAAAUGUUUUCUUCUUUUUAAAAUGCUUAUUUUUUAACAGGUAUGGUUAUACUAGUUGCUUGUUUUUAAGAUGUUUUUUUUAUGUAUGACAUUUUUGUCUAUUUCCCAAAGCAAAGUGAUGCAAUUAACGUUUUUUUUUAAGUAAGUGUGAUAAGCUACGUCUAAUACUGUAAGUGUCUGAAUGUUAUUCCAAAUCAUAACCCUUCAUUACAUAGUCAUUAUGUCUUAUGCUUCUUUGUUUAUUUACAUGUUUCUUCUACCAUAGAAAUAACAGGGAUGCACCUUUUAAAAUAUGCUUUAAUAAAACAGAUUUUGCUGACUGUCA